CCGUCGCGUUUGCUUGCUCACCACAUUUCUGUACCACCGAGGGGAAGACACUCAAAAAACCCAUAAAGCAGAACACAACCAUGUAUGGAGAAGCGGCCAAUAAGUUGGUCCAAAAUGCAAAACGCACCCUCGCCCUCCCCCAUCUCCCACCCUACGCCUCAGAGCUCACGCGCUCCAUAGUGCGGGAAGUGCGCGAUCUUGAUAAAGACGUUUCAUCCAUCCUUGCCCCCUACAGCGGGUCUUUCAACCCGAGCGCAUCCCCCGAAACCGCCUGCGCCCUCCUCGUAAACCACCUGUGCAUGCGCCGGAACAAGCGGUGUCUACUCGCCUACCACCGGGUGCGGAGCGACAAACUAGAAGAAUACUGCUGGGAAGGUGUCGACGUGCUGGAACAGCAAGGCAGCAAGGACCACAGUGGAGAAGGGGGGAGGGGCAGCGGAAUGGGCGCUGGAGGCGGAAAAGAAGAGAGCAGUUUGAGUCCCGAAGAGGAGGAAUAUGUGAGGCAAUACAGUGACCUGCUCGCUGCGUACAAGGGGCAAUGGACCGAUAUCGAUCUAACGGGGAGUCUGGAGCCGCCGCGCGAUCUCUUCAUCGACGUACGCGUCUUGAAAGACGCAGGCGAGAUACAAACAGAAUACGGCUCCAUAACCCUUACCAAAAAUUCGCAAUUCUACGUCCGGCAAGGCGACGUCGAACGCCUAAUUGCGCAAGGAUACCUCCAACGACUCAGCUAAUCAAACUUGCUACUCUUCCUUCAACCUCUUCAGCGACCAAGAUCAGUCCAAUACAUGAAAGAUUGACCGCAAACCUCACCCCACCUAACCUUCACCAGGUCCCCACUUCCGCAACAACCACGCUCAACCAACCAAACCAUGCGGAACGUCCUUCCGUGGGACUCAUCACACCCAGUGCAUCCUUCGCCAUCCAGCCGACACCGCUUUACCCCCGUUCUGUAAA